AUGGCCCAACUGUCAACUGCCAACCCUGAGGACAUGCCCAAAUGUCAAGAAAAGAUCGUCGAGUUGAUUGGGAGUAAGACAGAAAUCAAACUCGGCUACAAGAGACAAAAGGAGCUCUAUGAGGUUCGGCUGCGGAUGCUUUACAGUGGGCUACGCGAUCGCAUCAGUAAGGUCAUGGUGGAGCGGCCUGAAGAGACGCCAACAGCGGCCACCUCGAGGGAUGGGGAUCCUGUCAUUCGAAAACCACGAAAUAAAAUCUCCCUCUCAUCGACGCCAUCUCUUUCUUCACCCGCCAAACCAUCCAGCUCUUCUCGCACUCCGACAACUGCUUCAGUCACUCGCCCAACGCGAAGACGAAAGGAUCCAUCGUCAAGUCUGCUUACACCCGAGCAAAAGCGUCGCAAACUCGAAAAGACCCCGCGUAGACACCCUCGUGGCAGCCAUACCGACCAACAAGAAUAUCAAGGCAUCACUGACCCAGAACCUGGCCAAGUGUACCUUGCCUUUUGGGAGAGUUCCAAACAGUGGGUCCCGGUCCUUCUCUUGCCCAUGACAGACCUCGAGCGAGUCGGCGUCUCAGGCUCUCUAGACAGCCUCGGCUUGGCUGAGAUACUCCCCAUUUGCUAUGAUCAAGACAGUCUCACGGGAGAGCACACGUGGCGAGAUGGAUACAAGGAUGGCCAACCUUUUGUCACAGAGCGCGAAUUCCCCGCCAUGUACUUUGAGGGACGCACGUUUCCGGACAAGAGCCCCGUGGGAUGGGUUGCUGCCAAAGACCUGCGCAGAUUUGAUGUCGCCGCUGCCGCUAGUCGUCUUGUUCCGCAGAUUCAGAUGGUUCGCAAAUUUAUCAAGGAACGUGCUGCUAAAGCGUCUUGCAAUGGAGCAGAGGAGGAGACAAGUCACGAGAAGGGCGUUUCUUCAUGUGUGGAUGGCCAGUCCCCGCAAGAGGCUUCUACAGUCGUGAAUCAAGAUGAACAAUCUGCUCAAGUUUCACCCGCCCCAGAAACAGCCGCAGCACCAGAGGCAUCAAUGAACGGUACGCAGCCUGCAUCUAGUCCUACGCCAGAGUCUCAACCAGCACCGCACACACCUGUGACUGGCGAGAAGCCGAGACCUGAUACUACAACCGAAGCUGCGCCAAAAGAACGGUCAACGGGUGACGCCCAGUCCAAGUCUAUGGAAGCUCAGUCAGUGUCACGGGAUUCAACGCCUCUGUGGCCCUAUCGCCUGGUCAUGGCGGACUUGGCACCUUCAACUCGUGAUCCCACACCAGUUUCGGAAUCUGAGCUGAGACCCCAGAAUACCAUCACAGCAAUGGAACUGGGUCAAACAUCGGCGGACAAUGUAGAGCCUGCGCCCGAAGCUGUCAUGGCACUUAACGAGGAGACCCCGACAGAUGAGUCACCUGGACGUACGGUCAAGGUUGAGCCCGACCUGGACAUCCCGCGCAACAUCAAUAUUCCGCGCGAUAUAGAGAUCAUCUCGAUCGCUAGCACCGAGCCUGAAGAGGAAGAAGAAGACGAUGGCGAGGCCUCAGGGCCAGAGUUUACCAACGCCACACUUGAACUUGAGGGCCUUCCAGGUCCAGCAAAGCAGCCAGGUGCUGUGGGAGAAGGCAGAGCCGAAAAAGGGCGACCACCGCAUCAUGACGAGAGCCAGGGUGAUGCCCAAACCGAGAGUCUCCCUGGCCAGGCGAGUUUCGAUUCGCUCAAAGCACAGCUUCGGACAGAGCAGCUGAUCCGGACCAACCGCGACAAGAUGGAGUAUGGCGUGAGAGCGAGUCUUGGCCGCUACGCACACCAAUGA